AUGACACGAAUGUUAAGAACGAUCACGUUAAAUUUCGACGACGAGGAUUCCACCGGGAAGACACCACCCCCGCCCCGCCUCAGGCCCGGCGCGGGACGCCCAGGGGCGCCGCGCAUGCGCAGUGCUGCGAGACUACGUCCCGCCGGCAGCGGGGCGGCGCUAAGAUGGCGGCGGCGCUGCUGGCGCGGUUGUGCCGGGGUGUCCCCGGGCUCCGGGACACACUCGGGCUCCGCGCCGCCCGCCCGCCCCCUCGCCGCCGCCGCCGCCGCCCCGCCGCUGUUGCUCCGCCGGUUCGCCGCGCCCCCGGGGCCGCGCAGCUUCUCGGCGGCCGAGCUGGUGCGCGCCGCGCCGGCCCCGCUGCAGCCGUACUUGCGGCUCAUGCGCCUGCACCAGCCCGCCGGGACGUGGCUGCUCUACCUGCCGUGUACCUGGAGCAUCGGGCUGGCGGCCGCGCCCGGCUGCCUCCCGGACUGGCGCAUGCUGUCCCUGUUCGGCGUGGGAGCCGUGCUCAUGCGAGGGGCCGGCUGCACCAUCAAUGACAUGUGGGACCGCGACUAUGACAGACAGGUUGCAAGGACAGCAAGCAGACCCCUGGCAGCUGGAGAUAUCUCCACUUUCCAGUCCUUGGUUUUUCUCGGGGGACAGCUCAGCCUGGCACUGUGUGUGCUUCUGUGUCUGAAUUACUACAGUAUCAUUCUGGGAGCAUCCUCUUUAUUCCUUGUGAUCACCUACCCUCUGAUGAAGAGAAUAACAUACUGGCCACAGCUAGUUUUAGGAUUUACAUUUAAUUGGGGAGCCCUUCUUGGCUGGUCUGCCAUCAAAGGGUCAUGUGAGUGGUCUGUGUGUUUGCCCUUGUACUUUGCUGGAGUCAUGUGGACACUGGUGUACGACACCAUUUAUGCACAUCAGGAUAAGAGGGAUGACAUCAUGAUUGGUGUGAAGUCAACUGCAUUGCAUUUCAAGAAGGACACAAAGCAGUGGCUCAGUGGCUUCAGCCUGGCAAUGCUCCUGAGUUUGUGUGUGGCAGGGAUGAAUUGCAACCAAACCCUCCCAUAUUACUCGGCUGUGGCUGCCGUAGGGACUCACCUGGCACACCAGAUUUACACUUUGGACAUAGACAAGCCCGAAGACUGUUGGAAAAAAUUUUCUUCAAAUCGUACUGUAGGAAUUCUGCUCUUCAUAGGGAUUGUGCUUGGAAAUCUGUGGAAAUGAAAAGGCUUAAAUGCAGAAGAGCCUUCAGAGAACAGAUAGUUGAAAUCACUAUACUGAUAUUUUAGUCUAACUGAAGUGUAGAUACUGUAAGAAGGAAAACACUUGUAAUACAAAUAUAACUGCUUUAUAUUGUUUAUUUAUAAAAUCUGGUGGAAACAUUCUUGUUUCUGAAAUCAUGCAAUUUUGAUAAUUCUACAGUGGAAGUUUUGGUUAUCUGGGAAUAACUUCAAUUUGCGUAGAAGCUCCAAAAAAAGAGCUCCAAAAAGCUCUGCUGGUCCUGUGUAGUAGCAGCAAACUUCUGUCAAGCUCUGGAGACUGUGAACGCAAGAUUUUAUAUGAAACAGGUGUCUCUUAGUGACAGCAUGGGUAAAAAUGCAAAAUGAUUUCUGUAUGUAAAUAAAUCUGGCAGUACAUGUUUGAUGGUCUGAUUUAUUACAAAGGUAAUUUUGAGUUUGAGUUGGAGCUUGCUUCAUGGAAGAGUUGCAAAAACUAUUUUUCUUCUGGGAUGUCUAGAAACAGUCAGGACUCUAAAUGUGUGAAGUCCACAUUAAGGAGUCAGUAGAGAAGUAUUUAAGACGGUUUUCUGCUCUUGCUGUGAUUGCUGCAGCAGGUGCGUUCCAUGUGAAAAGGACAGGCUUCUGCAAAGCUGCCUGCACAGAGUGAGCUAAGCUUGUUUGUCAAGAGUGAUUUGAACACAGACUAAGGACUGAAAACAAAAACAGAGAAGCCCAGAGCUGUUGCCAAAUGUGUGUGAGCCAUGGUUGACUGUGGGCUACAAAUUUGUCUGUCAAUGCAAAUUGUUGACAUUUUUUUUUGAUUCCGCUUGUUUUGACUUAUGCCUACCGGCCUUAUUUGUAGUCUUACAGGAAAAACCUGUUUCUAGGGGAAUGCCUAGAAACAGUAAAAAUAGCAAGUGCAGGCUAAUUAAAUGGUCCUUACACAGAAGUUGUUCUUCAAUAGGGUUUGUAUUUGUGGGGUGGAGAAAGUAUUAAGUUGAAGAAAAGAGUUUAAUAAUGAAAAAUCAUAAUCUUCUGAUCAGUUUUGUGACAUAGCUGCAUUUUGUAGAGGGAGAAUUUUGGUGCAUCCAACUUGAACUUUGUUUAUUAGCCAUUUACUAGUAAUUAGAAAGUCUUGUAAACUAGUAUGGAUCAGUUUCAGUAGUGUUACUUUAGUGAGGUGGUGGCAAAAGUUAUUAAUCUGUUUUUAACAUAUUAAAGCAUCUUUAAGUAGCUCAUAUUUGGGAAGAGCUCACAUUUUGUCAUGCGUUUGUACCUUCUGGUGUCCUUUGUCUGAUGGCCGCUUGUCACAAGUGUUUGUCUUAAAAUGAGAAGAGGAAAAAGGUGUUGCUAAACACAGUGUAAAUUAAAGUUUCAAAACAGUCCUCAUGUCCAAAACUUGAAAAUCACUUCAUAUUUCCUGUGUGAGUUUUCCAAAUUCAUCUUAAUUUCAUUUCACACAGAUAAGACAUAGCUGUAUUUUAGGUUCAUUGCCUGAAAAACAGAAAGAUUUAAGUUCUCCCACUUGCACAUCAUCUCUCUGGGUUCAACUCUCUCAAUACCUUCUCCCAUCUGUCUUAAACAUCAUUAUUAUUAAGUAGUAAAGGCCUUUUUUAAUCAACAGUACAAUUUAUUCUGCUAAAUAACAUCAAUACAUUAAAAAAAUACUUUUCACCUGUCAAAUA